GUGAGUGUCAGAAAAACUCAGGAGGACGUAGAGCUGCUGCUGUUCAGCUGUGAGAGUCAGGGUUUUGCAUUUUCUGACGCAGAGUGGAAACAUCAGAGCUAUGGCACCACAAAUGAUCUCCAUCUUAAUCUCCAUAUUUGCUCUCCCUGCUGUCCUUUGCUACCCUCCUUCAUUUAUAAACCUGGAAACCGAAGACCGAAAUCAGUCAUCUAUACGGUUCCUAGUGGUGGGGGACUGGGGUGGUCUGCCAAAUGCUCCAUUCACCACCCCGAUCGAGUGGGCCACUGCCCGGGAGAUGGGCCGGACGGCUGACCAGCUUGGUGCUGACUUUGUUUUAGCACUGGGUGAUAACUUUUAUUAUAAAGGGGUGAAGAGUGUGGAUGAUCCUCGGUUCCAGGAGACCUUUGAGAAUGUCUACACUGCCAAGUCUCUUAAUAUUCCAUGGUUUGUUGUUGCUGGCAAUCACGACCAUGCAGGAAAUGUUCUCGCACAGAUCCAGUACAGCAAGGUCUCUCCACGGUGGAACUUCCCAUACUAUUACUAUGAGCUCAACUUCCGUAUCCCCAAUACGGACAGCACAAUGACCAUCCUAAUGCUGGACACAGUGCUACUGUGUGGAAACACUGAUGACUUUAAGGACCAGAAGCCCCAGGGCCCUCCAAGUAAUGUGCAGGCUAACCGCCAACUAGUGUGGCUGCAGGAGCGCAUGGCUCGCUCUAAAGCUGACUUCCUGCUUGUGGCUGGACAUUACCCAGUCUGGUCCAUCUCAGAACAUGGCCCCACAGACUGCCUACUCAAGAGGCUGCGUCCCUUGCUGUUGAAGUACAAAGCUACAGCCUACUUGUGCGGCCAUGACCACAACCUUCAGUACUUGAAAGAGUCUGACAUUGGUUAUGUGGUGAGUGGUGCUGGGAACUUCAUGGAUCCGGAUGUCCGGCAUCGUAAUGACGUUCCCAAAAACUCCCUCAAGUUCUUCACUGGCAAAGCUUCAACCUUGGGGGGAUUUACACACAUGGAAGUGAGCAAGAAGAAACUGACCAUGACUUUCAUCCAGGCUAGAGGAACCUCGCUCUACAGGGCUGUUCUUCCUAAACGGGAUCUCUAACCCAGAGUGGCCUGCUGAUCUGUUGUGGGUGCUUCUGUUUUAUAGACUUGAGAUUUGUGGCAGUGUUACUAUAGUGUAGACUCUCUCAAGUGAUUUUUGAUUAGAUUCUUUUGUAUAGAAAAUUUUAAAUCUGGUUUUGAAUUGUUUUGAUUGAUUUUUACUUGUGUUGAAAAAUAAAUGUAAAAACGUAUGUAUUUUAAAUGUAAUUAAACAAGCGUUUGAUGUUUAAA